GGUUUCACGGGUUCCUACGCCCCCUUCCGGUGCUUUGAGCACUGUUGCCGCCAUCUUGUUGGAGAAAGAAGGAGGGAAGUACGACCAGUUGGGACCGUGGCUGGGGAAGCGGACACGUCAGUGCCUCCAGCGACGUCACCAGAGAAGAGGCGAUGGCGGCGAUGGCAUCUUUCGGCGCCCUGGCACUACUCCUGCUGUUCGGCCUAUCUUGCUGCUCAGCAGAGACCUGCCUGGAGCCCCAGAUCAACCCUUCUUACUAUACAACCUCAGAUGCCGUCAUUUCUACAGAGACUGUAUUCAUCGUGGAGAUCUCACUGACUUGCAAGAACAGGGUUCAGAACAUGGCUCUUUAUGCUGACGUUGGUGGCAAACAGUUUCCUGUAACCAGGGGCCAGGAUGUGGGCCGAUAUCAGGUUUCAUGGAGCCUGGAGCACAAGAGCGCCCACGCAGGCACCUAUGAGGUCAGAUUCUUUGAUGAAGAGUCCUAUAGCCUCCUAAGGAAGGCUCAGAGAAAUAAUGAGGACGUUUCUGUCAUUACACCCCUGUUUACGGUCAGUGUGGACCAUCGGGGCACCUGGAAUGGGCCUUGGGUCUCCACGGAAGUGCUGGCUGCAAUAAUCGGCAUAGUGAUCUACUACCUAGCCUUCAAUGCAAAGAGCCACAUCCAGGCCUGAGGGCAGCAUCCUCAGAGCUCUAUUGCUUCUUUCAAUAAACAGUUGCUAUUUGCCAUGA